AUGACAGCAACAGCAAUUAAACACGAGCCACAUUGGUUCUCUCGUGUCCCAAGUAAGGCAUGGGCUGAAAAGUUCUUCCUAUAUUACAGUCCCAUUUGGAUUGGUCUCUUUGGUUUUGUUGUAGUCUCUGAAGUGUACAAGAAUUUCUAUGAUAUUGAAUUCUUUAUUUUAGGUUUAGUAGUAUCAUUACCAUGUGUAGUAUACCCAAUGUUAUUCCCAUGUGCAGCUGAUCGUGAUAAACCAUGGUACGAUCGUUACUGGGUCAAAGCCAACCUUUGGAUUGCAUUGUUUGGUUUUAUUGGCAACUAUUUCUGGACUCACUACUUUUUCGUGUUGCUUCGUGCCACCUAUCGUUUCCCAGUCACCUUUACAUUGAAUGAGAUCCCAGUAUGUCUCUACUUUGUAACACACGCCUACUUUAUGUCAUACCACGCUGCCACCACACCAGUACUCCGUCGUUUCUGGAGUAUGUAUCCACCACGCAAAGCAGGUGAAAAGAAGCCAUUGUCCCUCAUCAUUGGUACCAUCUUGAUUGUUGCAGGUCUCGCCUAUUUCACCGCCUUUAUGGAAACUUGGACCAUUCAAAUGGUACCAUACUACCAUAUUGAAAACCGUUCACAAAUGUAUAUCGUUGGUAGCACCUUUUACAUGCUCUACUUUGUCGUCUCGUUCCCCAUGUUUGCACGUAUCGACGAAACCGACGGUGAAAAGUGGACUCUUUCACGUACCGCUCUCGAAUCACUCGGUUCUGCCAUGAUUGUAUUUACCUUGUGUGAUUUCUGGAGACUGUUGGUUGGUGCUCUUACCGGAGAUCCAGCUGCUCAAACUAAACCAUUCCUUGGUACUCAUGGCUAUUAA